AUGCAAUUUGUACGACAUCACGAUCGAUCCCCUGGGAACGCUGUCGCCCUGGGACAGCCUUUGGGGGCGCCAUCGCCACUGUCUGGUCCCCUUUCGGUGCCAGUGCCCCAGGGGGUGUCCCUAGGGGCGCCACCGCCCCUGGAAAGGCCUCUGGAGGCACCAACGCCCCUGGGAGAGCUCCUACGGUCACUGAGACCCCAGGGAGGGCCGCUGGAGGCUUUGCCGCCACUGGAAGGGUCCCUGAGGGAGAAGGUGCCCUUGGAAGGGCCCCUGGAGGAGCAUAUUUUCCUGGAAAGGCCCCUGUGGGCGCCACCGCCCCUGGAAAGUCCUCUGGAGGCACCAACGCUUCUGAGAGAGCUCCUAGGGUCGCUGAGGCCCCAGGGAGGGCCCCUGGAGGCUUUGCCGCCACUGGCACGGUCACUGAGGGAGGAGCUGCUAUUGGGAGGGGCCCCUGGGGGAGCAUCUUCCCCUGGGAUGGCACCUGGGAGGGCCCCUUGGGGCGCCACCUCUCCUGGGAAAACGCCUGGCUGUGCCAUGGCCUCUAGGAGUUCCCCCACAUUCCCUAGAAUGACCCCUGGAGACACCGCCAGUGGAAGGUCCCCUGGCGGCGCCACCGACCCUGGUAGAGCCUCUGGUGGCACUGCUGACCUUAAGGAGGACCCCUAG